AUGGAACCCGGAAUUUAUCUCGUUAACUCGGAUGACUCGCCCGAGUUCACUCACCUCCGGCAGGCGUUGACUCAUUCAUCGGCCAUCGGCCUCGACGCGGAGUGGAAGCCCAACCGCCACUCGUCCACCUUCCCUAUGGUUUCGCUCCUGCAAAUCGCCUGCCGGCUCGUCAGCUCCGCCGGAUCGACCCAGGAUGAGUGCCCGGUUUUUCUACUCGAUCUCCAAGCGGUUCAUCUGCCAUCUGUGUACGAGCUGCUGAGAGAGGUGUUUGUAUCUCCUGAUGUUAUAAAAUUAGGGUUUAGGUUCAAGCAGGAUUUGGUUUAUUUGUCGUCUACCUUUUGUGAGCUGGGAUGCGAACCUGGUUUUGAUAGGGUCGAACCGUUUAUUGAUAUUGCUGCUAUAUACAACUAUCUGCAACCAAAACAACCCACACGAAGAACACCAAAACAGAACAAAAGCUUAGCGACAAUCUGCGAAGAAGUUUUAGGAAUUUCCCUCUCUAAGGAACUUCAAUGCAGUGAUUGGUCCCAACGCCCUCUAUCAGAAGAGCAGAAAGCAUAUGCUGCCGAAGAUGCUCGUUGUUUGCUCAAUAUAUUCAACGUGUUCCAUGCAAAGGUUGUUAGAGAAGGAAACAUUUCUCCGAAUCAGAAUAAACUCGAGCCGUCUGGUUCCGAUCCUGGAUUAAAACAUAUUUUUGAUACAUCAAAUGGUUGUAACUUGGUAACACGAACCAAAUUUUGUGAAGCUUCAAGCAUGAUCUGUGUAACUCUGCCCGAGAGUUCAGAUUCCACAAAAAUUACCGCAAAAUUAGAAGGCAGUCUUUUGUGGAUUGUUAAGAAGCACGGCGACAAAAUUUUGUUGAAGGAUGCGGAUAGAAAACCAAGAAAUUCAAAAAAGAAAUCUAAAAAACCUCCUCUCGGUUUAGAGCAUAAACAGAAGAUACUAGACAUUUUAGAAGAUUGGCAAGGACCCGCUCCAUGGGAUCCGUCUAUAGGAGGUGAUGGAUGCCCCAAGUUCUUAUGUGAUGUGAUGGUUGAGGGUUUGGCGAAGCAUUUACGUUGUGUUGGGAUAGAUGCUGCGAUUCCCUAUUCAAAGAAGCCUGAAACCAGGGAGUUAAUAGAUCAAGCACAAAAAGAGAAGAGAGUUCUUUUAACAAGGGAUGCCAAGAUCUUGAAACAUGAAUAUUUGAUAAAGAAUCAGAUAUACCGGAUCAAGAAUCUCCUUAAAAACGACCAGCUAUGCGAGGUAAUUGAGACAUUUCAGCUUAAGAUCUCGGAGGACCAACUCAUGUCGAGAUGUACUAAAUGCAACGGGAAGUUCAUUCAGAAACCCCUAACAAUUGAAGAAGCUGUUGAAGCUGCAAAGGGGUUUCAAGUGAUCCCAAAGUGUUUGUUUAACAAAAAAUUGGAAUUUUGGCAAUGCAUGGACUGCAAUCAACUGUAUUGGGAGGGAACCCAGUAUCACAAUGCAGUUCAGAAGUUCAUUGAUGUAUGCAAGCUAAACGAGCAAGCUUGA